AUGCACAAAAAAGGCUCACACACUCAGGCAGGUGGACAAUUCCCAGCGGACUCCCUUGCAGCCAUAGUUAUGGUUAUCCCCAAAGAAGGCAAAGAUCCAGCCAACUGCUCCAGCUUCCGAUCGAUCUCGUUGCCUUGUCUCAGAGGAUCUCUCAGAUCCUGCUGGGCCUCAUACACCCUGACCAAGUUGGGUUUAUCCCAGGCAGGGAAGCAAAGGACGAUACCAUACAUAACAUCAUCCACGCCGCAAGGACCUCGGAGCGGGAAACUGCGCUCUUCUCGACGGACGCCGAAAAGGGCAUUUGACCCAGUAGAUUGGGCGUACGUGGGAGAAACGCUGCAGCAUAUGGGCUUCGGACCUCAUUUGCGCUCCUGGGUCUCAGCAUUAUAUACAAUACCGACAGCACGGAUCCACAUCAAAGGGUCCCUGACAAAACCUUUUCCC